AUGGCCGGUCCAGCAGUUCAAGCCGCCAAGAACAAGGCUCGCCAGGUGUUCAUGAAGAACUGGUACGCUACCGAAGUUCUUCCCAUCUACGUUAUUACUGGUCUUGCUGCCGGUGGUGCCACUUGGUACUUGAGCCGCCUCGCACGCGGACCGGACGUCAUCUGGGACCGAAAGAACAACCCCACUCCUUGGAACAACGUCGAGCCAGGCACAAACACCAAGCUCAUGGCGGUCAACCAGCAGUUCGAGAAGCAGUACAAGCGUGACCGCCUUUGA